ACAAUACUGACAUAUAAUUAUCACCCAGCUUGCACCGAGCUGGACCAGUGCGGCACUAACCCGGCAGGCAGGCCCUGCUCAAAAGGUGACCCUGCAGCCCGUGCUUCACCCUGAUUGCGUGAGCAAAGUGACGUGAAGAAUGCGAGUAUGCUGCGACCCAACCCGGACGCCGUCUGACGCGAGCGGGGGCGUCGGUCGCUGGCGUCAUCAACCAGCAUCAACAGAACGCCGCAUUAUACCAAAGUGCAGGCCGGCGAUGGGCCCUUUCAUGAAUUGGUCGCAAUGGCAGCGGUUGGGCCGACGGUGGCACGAGCUGGCGGGCGUGCAAGGGAAGGCGGGAGAGCGGGAGAGCAUCGUCGAUGUAAGGGGCUGUCAGGGGCUGGCUGGACACACAAUCGCCGACCCUGUCAGGGAGUUUGCGGGGUGCAAGCAAAUGGCAGUAUUCUCUUUUAAUCUGAUGCCCAUCUAGCCAUAUUAUUGAAUUACACCUGCUGCUUUUCAAUCCGGUUGCGCGAUUAAACCCCAGCCGCUCCGCUUCCUGCGAAGCCUGGCCUUCUUCAACACAUAAUUCUGAAGUAUGGGAAACUGCUGCUGCGGCGACAGCGGGGCGGACAAGGGCUAUUCUAACUUCAAUGGAGGCGGAGCAACCGGCGGCACCCGAUCCGGAGGGGGUGGUCCAGAGACGGAGCGUGACCGCGAGGCGCGCGUGCUAGCUGCUGAGCGGGCCGCGGCACGGCAACAACAGUUCGAGACGAGCGCGGUUGGGAAAGCUGCAUACAAGUCUGUACAGGAAGUAAAGGAUUCCCGCAAGGCUGGGGGCGGCAACACGGGGCAGCCCACGGCAGCAGACUGGCAGAAUUGAAGCCCCUAUGCUGGUGGACACCGUACGGAGUUUAGGGUCAGGACGCCUGCAGCAGCAUCUUGUCAUGUUGCUGCACGUACAUGAGCUUGUCAACAGUUUGUGUCCCAGGGGUGGGGCGCCAAGCAUGAGGGGGGGGGUUACUGCGCAUGAUGUGUUCGGACAUGGCGCACAGGGAAGCACCAUUGUGUGCUGUAAGGUGCAUAGAUGGGGGAUACAGAGGCCUUGCACUGACCACGAGUGCAAAGGAUUCCGGGAUGUACGGUAUUGAUGUGGCACCAAGGGUACUAAUAACUUAUGGUCGCCCUUCAGCACCAAAGCUGGCUUGCGCUGAUCUGCCCAGUUAAUUGGUGGAGGUGAUCAGGACUGCGGGCUGUGACUAGCGUUAGCGAUUGCUCAUGACGUGCACGUCAAAUGAAAGAACGAGGCUAAGGCCGUAGGGUGGCGGUUUCGAGGGCAGUAUAG